GCAAAUGAACGGGUCAAGUCGCACUCGAAACCGAAUUUCACUUGGCGCACCGCGAAGCCUACACCUAUCAUAUCUGCCCCACUACGCUCCCUCCCUAACGGUAGACCCCGCAUAUGGACCGGGACUUAUCGUGAACUAUCGGUCGCGAUUCCAGCUCUGGAGAAAUCAACUGACGGAAUAGUCAGUGAGGGGUAUGAUACACCUAUCCUGAUUUUCAAAAGUAAUCGCGACAAGGUUCCAGAACUUGGCGCAUGGGAGGGUGAUACAUGGGAAGGACGCAAAAUAACUUUUUCUAUAGCUAGAGAUAUCUCAGUCCCUCCGACGCUCGGCAUGUCUGGCCUCAUCUCCAAUGAUCUAGAUGCUGCGCAUCCCUGUCCAUCAGGGGCCGGGUCGUCCAUAGACUUGCCGCUGAUUCCAUCGUCUUCGGCAUCACUCAACGCUGAGGGCGCACAUAUCAUAUCUCGCAAGCCUGUUUCUGGGAAUGUGGCUAGCGAAGCUUCCCAUCCUCCGUCUUGCGACCUCAAAGUUUCCCAAGACGUCGAUCAACUUGGACGAGUAUCUUCAGAUCCUCAAGUCAAUCUUGUCGUAGGAGCAGCAUCUACUCCUGGUCCAGACUAUGAAGACGUGUCGCUUCGUCCACAAACAUACAGCCCGUGCAAUUGCACACGCGUGAGCUUUGAUCCAGAUUGUCCGGACUGCAAUGGCUUCGUUGCACCAACUUCCCUCUCCUACCCGGUAGCGGAUCAAGACAUCGAGAUGAGCAUCUAUUCGGCGCGCAAAGAUGAUCCUCAAGAUGGUCGCGAUAGCGAUCGGAAUUCCAUACAUUCCAAUAUUGAUGACAACGAGAUGGCAAACUCGGUGGAAAAUUCAGGAGCCCAUAUCAAUGCUAGUCCGCAAUCGACUGGUGCUGAUGUUAUACCACCAUCUGUUCCAUCGCAGUCGGGUAUCUCAUCUUCUGCGCCACUCACUAUGCCCCUUCCCGCCUCCGCCACCUCGCAGCUGCAUAAUGCAACUUUGACUACUUCUUUCCCUGUAGAAUCGAUUCCCUCCCCUCCAGCUGACAUUCAGGCCCUGCUUCAUGCUCAUGAAACAGGCCGACCUGUGUCUAUGAUUAUUUCUCGCGAUGCACCUCUCAUGCCAUGGAUACUUCCUGACGAAGUUGGAUAUGUAUGGGCGGGUCUGUUUGCAGUUGUUAGAAUGAAGGAAGAUAAACUGUACGCACCCUCAUUACGGGCUACUUCGACGACGACCCUCCGCGUGCUUUGGCGUUUCGAGCUUGAGUGGAUCUGUGGUGGCGAAGAAUCAUUGAAGAGCGAGGCGCAAGACUCCAAAGAGUGGCAGAAGACCAUACAGCGUCCUUGGUGGGAGUGCACAAGCUCUCCAUCAGAGACGGCUUUAUAUUCACCGAUGGCGACCGACGCCCCAUUGACACAGAACACAGUCGCGACCGAGCAAGACUCCGAUCUUAUCAAUCCUACAGCCCUUGAUCAUUCUUCGCCUCGGCAGCCUUUCGAUGCGCCAAUCGCUCAUUCACUCAUCCCGCUUCCUCUACUAGCCUCGUUCUCUGCCUCCUCCUCGGCAAAUGACGCUUUCCCUUCCGGAUAUUUCUGUCACAACUGCGGACGCGUGAAUGUCCAACGCUUCCUACGCCAUCGUGCAUGCGAGAGUGCGCAUUGCUCUGUCUUGCGAUCUCGUGCGACAAUGGAUCAAUCAGUCGGUGGUGACAGUUUAGAAAGCGGGGUUAAAGAAAUCAGGGACGACGGGCAAGGAUGGAUGAUGGACGUCAUGGCUGUGCGCAAUCCCCGGUUGACGUAUGUUUGCCUAUUUCCCGAUAACAUGUGCCUCGAACCUGCCGUUUCACUACUGCGACAAGAUUGGGGAGAUGGCAUGCGUGUUUUUUGGUAUGGCCUUCCCAGCUUGUCGUCCUUGUCACAGCAUAUGUCUCUUGAUGGUCAGGUUCCGCCUACACCUCCUAUUCCAGUAACCCCUGUCUCGAAUCUAGCUCCGGUGACGAGUGAACAGGUGCUACAUUCUGACAAGCAUCUUGUACGACAUAUUUUCACGGGCAACCUACCCAGGCUGCAAUCGGAGCCCACUGAGCUUUUCGGUCGGCUUCAACGGGACAUUCAGUUGGAACGCCGUUAUGGAGAGACAGUCUUCACAAAGCGGUUUGAUUCUUCUGCGAUCAUCGAAGGAGAGGGUGGGACAGUGGUGUCGAAGAGUAUAACUAAAUUACAGGAAUUUAUGGAGUAUUUAGUAAGUACGUAUGGAGAAGAGAAGGCGAUCAAGAUGCCGGCUAUCGAAAUUCUGUCGUGGGUCGGCGAAGGAAAGGCGCGCGACGUCUUCCGUGCCAAGGAGAAAUCCCUAGCUGUCCUUUGUUUAGGUGCCGAUGUGGCGUUCACCUUUACAUAUUCGGAUCACAAUUCAAAGGGCACAUCUGCGGUGCCAACCAAGGUUCCAGCGAAGGCUCCAUCAGUGAACCUCCGGAACCAUGAUGCGACAAGCGACACACAAGACUUUGGCACGAAGAAAAAAGCGAAAAGUCCUGCGGUUUUGCGUAUAACACUGCUACACGGAGACAUGAUGGUCCUGAGUGGCGGUGAUUUCGAGUAUUUCAUGGCUCGUACAGGAAUGUGCAUAUUGGCCAUCAGUAGUUACGUACCAGGAUCGCGGUUCAUUUCAUUACCUGCAAGGGUAUAGCUACCCAAGAAGGCUUGCA